UCACAAAAUAAAUCCGUAUAUUUUGUACUAGUAAAAAAUAGGUAUAUUUUAUAUCAUUAAUUAGUGAGAACUCUGUUCCUAAUCACAAACACACCAUACACAAAGUUUCAAUGUCAAAAUCGAGUUCAUCCUCCUACGAGAAGUACGAGGUAAGAAAAAGAAAUCCAAAUCCGAAAUCAUGUGCACUGUUGGUCAUCGAUAUGCAGAACUACUUCUCUUCCAUGGCAGCCCCAAUUCUCGCUAACCUCAACACCACAAUCACCCUAUGUAGACGCGCUUCUAUCCCCGUCAUAUUCACGCGCCACUCUCACAAGUCUCCCUCCGACCACGGCAUGCUCCACGAGUGGUGGUCCGGUGACCUCAUCAUCGAUGGCACCGUAGAGGCUGAUCUCAUCACAGCGCUGGACCGCAAAGGGGAUGACAUGGUGGUGGAGAAGAGUACAUACAGCGCAUUUAGGAAGACUGGUUUGGAGGAAAAACUGGUGGAGAUGGGUGUGGAUGAGGUUAUAGUGACGGGCGUGAUGACUAAUUUGUGCUGUGAGACGACGGCGCGUGAGGCUUUUAUUAGAGGCUUUAGGGUUUUCUUCUCUACUGAUGCUACUGCUACAUCUGAUGUAGAUCUUCAUGAGGCUACUUUGAAAAACAUGGCUUAUGGUUUUGCUUACUUAAUUGAUUCUCACAACCUUAAAUAAAAUGGAAUAUGAAACUUUGUUGCUAAAUUCAAGUGUGAACUUAGUACUGUUAUGAUGUAACAGAACUUUAAUAUCCCUGGUUAUGUGUAACAUGUAUAUGUUAUCAAUUUGCGAAUGUGUUAACUUCAAUCUAAAUUCCUUAAUUCUA